AACAAAGCUGCCAAAAUGAAGCACUUCCUGAGGAUGCUCGUCCAGGUGUGCCUCUACUUCUAUUGCAAGUGCUUGUGGCGUUGCCUGAAAUUUGUAGUGAGGAAACUAACAGGACGGUGUGAGUUACAACGGAUCUGCUACAGCACAAAGCCUGGAGCUGGCAGGACUAUGAAAAUUGAAACAUCUCUGAGGAGUUCAAAAAAUAAGUUGCUGCAGAGUUCGAUUAGUGUUCAUCCAGAUGCAAUUGAAAAAACCAUAGAUGCUAUCAUGGACCUGAAAAGGAUUAAUCCAGAUGUAAACCCACAGCUCGGUGUAUCUCUGCAGGCCUGCCUCCUACAGAUUGUAGGGUACAGGAAUUUGAUUGCAGAGGUUGAAAAACUACGCCGGGAGCCCUAUGAUUCCGAGGAUCCCCGGCACGAAGAAAUGCUUCUGAAGCUAUGGAAAUGCUUGAAACCUGAUUCGCCGUUGGAAGCUCGGAUUUCCAAGCAAUGGUGUGAAAUUGGUUUCCAAGGUGAUGAUCCUAAAACAGACUUUAGAGGCAUGGGACUUCUGGGCUUAUAUAAUUUGUUGUACUUGGCUGAACGGGAUGCUUCCGCAGCUCAGCAAAUCCUCUCGGAUUCCCUUCAACCAAAAUACAGGGAAGUGACUAAAGAGGACCUAAGCAAGUGCAGCAAGGCUGAGUGGGAGAAGAAAAAGUUUGAUAAAGCCAUUGGCUACUCUUUUGCUAUCGUUGGCAUUAAUAUCACAGACCUUGCGUACAACCUGCUUGUGAGCGGCGCCCUGAAAACACACUUCUACAACGUUGCUCCAGAGGCUCCAACGUUAUCCCAUUUUCAGCAAACCUUCUGCUAUCUGAUGCAUGAAUUCCACAAGUUCUGGAUUGAUGAGGAUCCUCUGGACAUCAUGGAGUUCAACCGUGUGCGAGAGAAGUUCCACAAGCGUAUCCUCAAGCAGCUCCAGAAUCCAGAUAUGGCCCUGUGCCCUCACUUUGCUGCCUCAGAGAGCUUGAUCAACCUGUAGGCGCUGGCUUGGUUUGGUUUGGUUUGGAAACACUGCCUCAUUCACAUGUUAGGCCACCAUCCUAGAGAUAAAAUCGCUCAUGUACUGAAUGACCAUAGCGAUUGUAUGCAUGCUUCUUGGUGCAGUAUUUCAUCUCUCCCGUUCUCUUUUUGGCAUCUCCCUCACACUGCUCCUUUUGAGAGGGGGGGUUGUCAUGAAAAUGGAGUGCUCAUAUUGCGGCAUUUUGCAGUGUUAAACGUUCUGAAUUGAUGUCCCAUAUGAAGAAGUUUUUUCUAUUUUUUUAAGUCUCUCUUCCCUCACCCUUCCCUAUCACCCCGGUAAUUCAGCAUUUGAUUAAAGAAUUGUCAGUCUCUAGCUGUGAGGGAUUUUUUUUUGUACAUGUGGAAUAAUUCAGUUGAAAAACUCGUAUUCUGUAAUCCUUUUAACUUAACAUUUUGUUUUAUGAUAACUAAGAGUACUUUUUAAAAGGGCAUGAUCCAGCCAACGUUGAGCACUUUUGAAUCCCAUUGAUUUUUUUUAAUAGCCUAUGCUUAAAUCUUUCCCACUCAAAUUAAUGGGACAUUAAAGGGCUUCUGUUGGAUGGAUUAUACCCCAUAUUUGUACGUUAUUUAGAACAGUGUGUGUAACUUGAGCCUUGUUCAGGCAAAAUAAAUGAAAAAGGCAUUUUCCCCCAUGCAUGCACCAUGAAAAAAUGAGGUUUAUUAUACAAAUAUGGGAAUAAUUUUUGACAUACGCAAAAAUUUAUAAUGAAGCUACUGUGAUAGUGCAGAAUCAUGAAAGUGGAAUGAAUUUUGAAAGCAUUGCCUAUGUUGAUUGUGAAGAUCAGAAAAUGUACAGAUAGGUAGGUAAGGAAGAAAGGUUUUGUCUUUUUUAAGAAAUUCACCUUACAGUUGCACCACCAUAUUCAUAGGACCACAACAAAAUUGAAUCAUGCUGCUUUGAGAAUGUGGAGUUGACCUUUUGUGUUUCUACAUGAAUGUGACACAAAUCGAUCAUGAGUAUGUUCGAUUCCUGUAGAGAGAAGCUAAUAAAAAUCGGUAUUCUUAGUGUUGACAUAUUGAGUUUGGGCUUUGCUUUGUCAACUCAGCUCCUAACUGAGGGCUAAGAGGAGUAAAUUAACUAAAAGGCAGGAAGAAAAACAAAAGCAUAGGACAAAGUGAUGGCUUAAAACACACACACACACACACAUUCAAUCCAUGUGGAAGUCUCCUUGCAUAAACAACCCUGUAGAAAUAAAUGAAAAUUGUGCAUGAUUGUAACUGGGCUAAUUUCAUUAUUGAGCCUGUGCAGGAGCAGUUCUUCUUGGAUCGUGCCCAAUGCUUCUGACACCAUGUGUAGACUGUCAAAAUAGUAUUUACCAUGGCAUUUUCAUACCCAUGGUAUUUUUUUACCAUUGGAAGUUUAGUAUUCUAGGUAGUUUGUGAAAUUGCUUGCACAGCAAGAUUGAAUUUGAGGUAUUGCCUAAUUA